AUGCCUGCUGCUGCUGUACCUGCUCAGAACGCUUCGCAGGACCAGCCGAGCUUGUCGGACGUGCCUAGCGAGGAGGAGACGUCGCGCGAGGAGGAUCUUCUUCUGCUCGCCGGAACACGAACAGCAGAUGAUGGCAACGCUGGCAGGCUGCCUCUCGAACUGGUUCGACUUGUGCUCGAGGAGGUCGCGGGACCCUUGUCCGAGGAGGUCUACACCGAUGCGAGUACGCCCGAGCGACGACGAAGGCUCUCUUCAGCGGCAAUCGUCUGCAGGGCCUGGUCCAGCAUCGCCCAGUCAGUCGCUUGGCGUGAGAUCCAGCCGCCUCCGUCGAAGAGCGGCGGACGUCGUCUUGCAAGGCGCCUCCGCGAGCACCCUCAUCUCGCCACCCACCUGCGAUUCCUCAGCCUCUCUGCCCUCCUGUAUGGCAGCGAUACCUCGUCACGGAUGCUCGAGCGGCUUCUGCCGCUGUGCGGCAACCUGCAGGACCUCACCUUUAUCGACUCCUUGCCGCACUGCCCGACGCUCGGCGUCCUCGUAUCGCGGGAUGAGCUAUUGCACCUGCAUUCUCUGACUGUCCAUCUACAAGGUGUGGCGAAGGGCACGGAUCUCGUGUUGGUCUCGGACAUCUCGCCCUUCCUGGAGAAGCUCGACCAGCUCGAUGAGAUUGCGACAGUUGAUCACUUUGCCUGGUACCCACGCUUCAAGACGUCGACUAUCAACACGUCUGUGGCAGACACGCUCCUCCUCCAGGUCACGCAGUUCACGCAGCACGCGGACAUGCAGGUCGCCAUCCCGCCCGACAAUCAAUGGCUCACGACCGCCGUCUUGCCCAUGCUCGACCCGGAUACUCUUCUCAGCCUCACUCUCGAGCUGUCAGGCUCUCAAGUGCACACUCAUUCACCCCUGGCGGGCAUGGAGAUACCGAAUUUCUCGCCCCUUCGCCACUUCACAAACCUUCAACACCUGCACAUCGUCGCAUGGCACUUCAACCAGACGCCCCCUACACUCGCAUACGUCCUGCAAAUCUUCAACCGGCACACGCAUCUCCAGCACCUUCGUUUCUCGCUUCGAACCGGUCACCCUUGGAUACUCAUCCCGCACAGCCCGAACCCGCUUUCGUUGAUCCUUGGCUUGCUGCCGCCGUCAAUCAAGGACUUCAGCAUUGCUUGCGAUGCCAUGAGCUUUGGCCACGAGACACAGGACCGUUCUCGCUCGCUUGGUCAGCCCAACGACUCCUCGCGUUCGUGUGAUGAUGGAACGCGGAAGCGCACCACGGCGUCUUGA